UGGCAACCCACGCCAUUGCGCAAGUUUCUCGAGUUCGUGUCUCUGGCUAAAAUAUGCAACAAUAGUGUUUUCUAAAAGGAAAAAUACGUCUUUGCAAUGACUUUCCUCAACUACGUUCUCCUGCCGAAGCUCUACAAGGAGUAUAAGACACGAACGCCCACGCAACGCUAUGAGCCUGCAGGACUGGAGAAAUGGGGCGAUCAGAUCAUCACGACGCUCUGCAUGAUGUGGAACAUUGGUUACUACACUUCACCACUCAUUAUCACCUUCCUCUACCGUCGCGGCUACUUUGUCGUCGAGUCCAUCUCCUCCCUGGCCAAGAUCUCCACAGGCAUCGGCAUUCUGGUGGCCGUUUCCCUGUGCAUCCGCGGCAUCGGCAGAUCCCAGUCGCCGCCUUAUGUGCGAUUCGCCCGGAUUCUCAGCACCGUGAAGAGCAACAGUCGCAAUGAAGCCGCACGGAGGGAAUUGCAGGAGUUCGACUUCGACUUCAAGGAGUGGCCAGUGGAUUGGUCAGUGGAGGAGUGCGAAGGGGCGCAGCCGCAGCCACGAGCCGUCCAGAAGCACGCGCCCGUGAAGGGGAGCUUCACAAGCCUUCCCAUGGAGUGGAUGGCUUACAUUGCCGUGCACACAUUUGGACUGAAGAUGAUCUAUCCAGGCUCCAUCAAGAUCAUGCAGACCUACUUCCAGCCAAUGCUCAUCCAAGGCAGGACGAAGCUGCGCGAGGACGGCGGGAAUCGCUUCAAGCUGUUGACAAAGGAUAAGAAUGAAAUUGACACGUUCUUCGUGGACAAUCGCGGCAAAUCUUCAAACGGCAAGACUCUCGUCAUCUGUUCAGAAGGCAAUGCUGGCUUCUAUGAGAUUGGCAUCAUGGCCACACCGAUGGAACUGAACUAUUCCACCCUGGGAUGGAAUCAUCCGGGCUUUGGCGGAAGCACCGGACAACCCUUUCCCGAGCAAGACCAGAACGCCAUUGACGCCGUAAUGAAAUUCGCCAUUCACAAAUUGGGAUUCUCCCCUGAGAACAUUCUCCUCUUCGGCUGGAGCAUCGGUGGAUACUCCAGCAUCUACAACGCCAUCCGCUAUCCAGACGUCAAGGGCGUGAUCCUCGAUGCCACUUUCGAUGACAUCCUACCACUGGCGCUCCCGCGGAUGCCAGAAAGCGUCUCCAGCAUCGUGAGGAUGGCCAUUCGCAACUACGUCAACCUGAACAAUGUGGAAAUGCUGCAGCAAUUUCAGGGUCCCGUUCGUCUCAUCAGGAGGACAGAGGAUGAGGUGAUCGCUGAGGACAUGAAACUGGAGACGAAUCGCGGAAAUUUUCUGCUGAUCAGCUUGCUGAAGUACAGAUUUCCCAACAUUUUCAAGGAUCCUCAAGUGGAGUUCGUGCACAAGAUGCUGUCGCAGCCGCUCGACAAGACGAGCCCGACCGACACAGAUGACGGCCUGUGCCUGUCGCUGCUGAUGACUUACACGGCGGAGUCUGGGCGCCAGUAUCCGCUGGAGAUCGGCGCCAAUUUCACAGCGGAGCAGCGAAAUGUGAUGGCUGAGUAUCUGGUGCGAAACCACUUGGCGGAUUUCAAGUCUAGUCACUGCAUUCCUCUGCCCAUUGACUUCUUCAAGCAGCCUUGGGACAUUCCCAACGAGACGGACUUCGUCUUCACAUAGGCCGGGGGGGUAUUUUCUGUGUUUGUGUGUCUUCUUGUCUCGCCAUUCUUCUUUAGCUCUAAGCAGAGAGAGAGGAUGAGUAUUGGUGGAUAGAAUAAAACGCCCAUUAUUUAUCCUUGUACGCAAUAUCAUUAAAAUUCACAGUUCACGGGAA